AUGGGAUACAAUGCUACCUUUCAGCUAGUCCUCGUGAUAGGUGUCGCGAUUAGGUCCGCGUUGUCGCUUGAUGGCAACCCCACUUCAAUAAAUGUCGGUUUUGUUUGUUUUAAUACAGUCAUCGAUCUCCGACUGGUGGACGGCGACACUCCGAACGAGGGGCGGGUGGAGGUGCAGGGCCUGGCCGGUGACUGGCCCAGUUGGGGCACGGUGUGCGACGACGGCUGGGAUUACACCGAGGCUGAUGUGGUCUGUAGGCAGCUAGGCUUCAAUGGUUACUCCGUCAGGUCGACAAGCCAGGCUGCUUUCGGCCAGGGAACGGGACCGAUAUUGCUGGAUGACGUGGCGUGUGACGGAAGCGAGAAUCGAAUUCAGGAUUGCGACUAUGAGAUCACGCACAACUGCUUUCAUAGUGAAGAUGCAGGCGUCGUUUGUCAAUUACCGGGUUACAUCGGGUGCUACCGAGACAGUGGUCGGGACCGAGUUUUGCCUCACAACCGCCUGAAGGACCCCAGCGUAGACGCUCUCCUGUGCAUUGAGCGGUGCUACCGGGCAGGGUACGCCCUGGCCGGCGUGGAACGAGGGGACGAGUGUUACUGCGGCGAGGCAGAUACCGUGUACGACAGGCUGGGGGCGGCGGCAGAGGACGAUUGCAGGACGGCCUGCCGUAGUGAUAGCGAUCAGCUGUGCGGUGGAAGGGAUAGGAUUGGGGUGUUUGAUGUAAAGAAAGCCCACUGCCCUGAUCCCCGCCUGCCGGCUGGUAGCGCUCUCACGGAUGAUGACUCGUUCGUCUUUGGAGCCUGGGUCAAUUUCUCGUGCCCAGCGGGACACGAGCUCGUGGGCGAGGCGAGGGUCCGCUGCGUCCUGGGGCAAGGGAACGAGAGCGACGGGAGGGUGGUAUGGAGCGCCGAGACGCCACAGUGUCAAGGUCCUACAACUCCGGCUACAAGACCUGACGUGGAAUCUACGUCACCUACUAUCAAUAUACCACCCACUCUUGAUGAUGUAACCGCUGACAAGACAGUAUUUGGUCCUAUCAUCGGUUCAGUGAUGGGUGUUGCUUCACUGUUGGUGGCUUUGAUAAUUGUUGUCGUCAUAUGCAGACGGAGGAGAAACAAGUCUAGGACGACGAAAGACCAGAAUAGAAAUCUACCAGCAAGUUCCUCUGUGCAACUGAACGAAGACGAUCACUACUACAGUACUGCCAGACUACCUUCGGGCGAAGGAGCAGGCCCACCUUUGUACUACAGCGUGAAGCUGGCCGGACGAGCAGAGUCCGAGUCCAAAGUGGGCUUGAAAGAUGCCUCGGUGGCCCAAAAGGGCGGAGACAGUGCCGCGGAACAACGUGGGGUGACUGAGGAUAACCCCUAUGAUGGGGUUGAUUUUGGCGGGCCAGCUGAACCCCAAACUGCCGAGGCUGUCCCAUCAAGCACACUGCCCGUUGAUGGUGAGACAGGGUACAGUCUGCUUUACGAGAACAGUCUGAAGAUGAAUCACAAGGAGACGAAAAUGCCAGCCCUGCCACACAAGGGGUUAGCUGUUACGAACGAAGGCUACAGUUUACUGUACGACAGGGAAACGGCAGCUUUCCCUGCGGACGGAGAACAACUCAAUGUACUUUCCAGCAAACUGGAUGCAGAAAUUGAUUAUGAAAAUCACACGUACGGUGUUGUGCAGGACGACAAUGUUUGA